GUGUAAAAAGGUGGGCGAUAUACGACAACGAUAGAAAUUCGAACGGCGCCUCUCGGUCCUUCGUGCGUACGUCGUAAAACGUCCGUUUACAUAAUUGCCGGGAUCUGCCUGAAGUUUCCUGAAAACCAGCCGUCGUCCUUGAUUUGGAAGAAAACAGCGUGCGUACCGUAUUCAUCUAUACUUCAUUUAUUAUUGCUGAAGUUUGUCACAUAUAUUUGAGAACAUCAUUGAGAAUCAUGAAUGCUUCAGAACACGGGUUUAACCCAGCCUUUAAUAUGGCCUCCAUAAAACAAGCGUUUAAUGAGGCAGUAGAAAGAGUCUCAACAGUUAGAAUGCCUGCACCAACUCGAUUGAGGGAUCUCAUCAGACAAAUAAGAGCUGCUAGAACUGCGGCAGAAGAAAGGACAGUUGUUAAUAAAGAAUGUGCUUAUAUCCGUUCAACAUUCAGAGAAGAAGAUAGUGUAUGGAGAUGUCGUAACAUUGCAAAACUUUUAUAUAUUCAUAUGCUUGGGUACCCAGCUCAUUUUGGUCAACUAGAAUGUUUAAAACUUAUUGCAUCCCCAAGGUUUACAGACAAACGAAUUGGUUAUUUAGGCGCAAUGUUACUACUUGAUGAACGACAGGAUGUUCAUCUUUUAAUUACGAAUUGUUUAAAAAAUGAUUUAAAUAGCUCCACACAAUUUGUUAUUGGUUUGGCAUUAUGUACUUUGGGUGCAAUCGCAUCACCAGAAAUGGCAAGAGAUCUGGCAUCUGAAGUUGAGAGGCUAAUGAAAUCAGCAAAUGCAUAUAUUCGGAAAAAAGCAGCACUUUGUGCAUUUAGAAUUAUUAGACGUGUACCAGAAUUGAUGGAAAUGUUUCUACCUGCUACUCGUAGUUUAAUUACAGAGAAGAAUCAUGGUGUAUUAAUCACAGGUGUUACACUUAUUACAGAAAUGUGUGAAAACAGUGUUGAUACAUUGAAUCAUUUUAAAAAGGAAUGCGGCCAUCGAGAGAUUGUGCCAAAUCUUGUGAGGAUUUUAAAAAAUUUGAUACUAGCAGGAUAUUCUCCAGAACAUGAUGUAUCUGGAGUAUCUGAUCCAUUCCUUCAAGUAAAAAUAUUACGUCUCCUCCGAAUUUUGGGACGUAAUGAUAUCGAUGCAUCCGAAGCGAUGAACGAUAUACUUGCACAAGUUGCAACUAAUACAGAAACUAGUAAAAAUGUUGGAAACACGAUAUUAUAUGAAACUGUAUUAUCUAUUAUGGAUAUAAAAUCUGAAAGUGGACUAAGAGUAUUAGCAGUGAAUAUAUUAGGUCGAUUUUUAUUAAAUAAUGAUAAGAAUAUUCGAUAUGUUGCUUUGAAUACAUUGUUAAAAACAGUUUAUGUAGAUACAAGUGCAGUACAAAGACAUCGUUCUACAAUUUUGGAGUGUCUAAAAGAUCCAGAUGUAUCAAUUAGAAGACGAGCUAUGGAGCUUAGUUUUGCACUUGUAAAUUCGAACAAUAUUAGAAAUAUGAUGAAGGAGUUAUUACUUUUCUUGGAACGUGCUGACCCAGAAUUUAAAGCUCAAUGUAGUAGUAAUAUAGUAAUGUCUGCUGAAAGAUUUGCACCAAAUAAGCGCUGGCAUCUUGAAACGUUAUUCAAAGUUCUUGUUGCUGCUGGUAAUUACGUUCGAGAUGACGUAGUAGCAUGUACCAUUCAGUUAAUUUCAGAAACGCAGUCACAGCAAAGUUAUGCUGUCAGCGCCUUAUGGAGAGCAUUAGAAAAAGAUACAUCUGAUAAACAACCAUUGGCUCAAGUAGCAACUUGGUGCAUUGGUGAAUAUGGUGAUUUAUUAUUAUAUGGGCCACCAUCAGAAGAUAUAGAUACUCCAGUUGAUUUAACGGAAGAUGAAGUUAUUGACGUCUAUCAAAGGUUACUCUGGAAUCCACAAAACACUGUUGUCACGAAACAAUAUACUUUAUUGUCUCUCACAAAACUUAGCACAAGAUUUCAGAAGGGAAAUGAAAAAAUUCGUCAAAUAAUUGAUACAUUUGGAAGUAAUUUACAUAUAGAAUUGCAACAACGAGGUAUUGAAUUUUCACAGUUGUUCAGAAAAUAUGAUCAUUUACGACCUGCAUUACUUGAAAGAAUGCCUCCUAUGGAAACUGCAAGACCACAAGCUAAUGGAAUUAUUGGUAUGGUAAAUGGUGAACCAGAAUCAGAAGAAGACAAAUCUUCAGUUUUAGAAGCAAGUACUCCACCAUCUGAUUCAAGUGCACUUCUAGAUUUGCUUGGUACCACUGACUUAGGAAUAACACCUUCAGCAUCGAAUAAAAAUUCAUCUGCGAAUUCAACAACUGUAGUAAACAAUAAUGAUCUCUUGGACCUACUUGGUAGUUUGGAUUUAAAUGCACCUACAUCUACGUCUACACUGCCACAGGCACAAACGCCAUCACAAAUAUUUAGUCCUACCAAUGCAACAAACUUCUUAGUAGAUGGUUUACUUAAUUCAUCAUCAGUUCAAAAUGAUACACUUUCUAUGAUUGUAUUGGACAAAGCAGGACUUAAAAUAACCUUCAGAUUGGAAAGACCACCAGACAUUGCUGAUUUAUUAAUUAUCAAUAUGUCAGCUCAGAAUUCUGGAAAUGCUAUACUGACUGAUUUUCUGUUCCAAGCAGCAGUUCCUAAGACAUUCCAACUACAAAUGUUGUCACCAUCAAGCACAGUCAUUCCUCCUUCUGGACAAGUUUCUCAAGUAUUGAAAGUUACAAAUAUCAACAAAGUACCUCUAAGAAUGAGAUUACGUAUAUCUUAUACUGGACCAACAGGACCAGUUUUGGAACAAACAGAAGUAAAUAAUUUUCCUCCCCUAACAUUACAGUGACAAGAUAUAUUAAGGAAGACAAUUGUACAUAUGCCUAUCUAAAUAAGUAAUUGAGUCUUAAAUAGACUGAAACCCAAUUUCAUCUUUUCAUCGGCUAAAAUGAAAAUAUAUUUGUAAAAUGACACGUUCGAUAAAAAAUGUUUAUUCAUUAAUUUGAUAAUUUGUCAAAAAUAAUCAUUGAAUCUGAUAAGAUUUAAAUUUAGGAUCAAUUACGUUUUUUUCUUUAAUAAAUAUCAAGGUUUUCAUCUGCUCACAAGACAUAUUUUAUACUUGGAGAAUAGCUAAAUACGUAAUUUCUUAUAAGUAUAAUUUUUGUAAAUACAUUUGUGCACAAUUUUUUUUUAAAUUUUGACUUUAUACUGUUUCACUUUAUGUAACAAAGUAUCUUCCAAAUCUUUAAAAUUUAUGUAAUAAACAAUUAUUUUUACUAUCGUUAAAACAAGUUUUGUUAAUAAAUUGUUUAAUUGCAUUAUAAAAUAAUUAUUGAAAUUUUAUAAUCCAUUUAAAUUGGCACUUGUUGAGCAGAUGGUAUGAUAUUCAUUUUAAAGUCUUUCAAAAAUAGUAAAAUUUAUUAUUGUAACGAAUUUAUCAAAUAUUGAAAAAAGGAAAGAAAGGAAUGUAAAAUUUCUCUUGUAUUAUGCUGCAUGUAUUGUGAGAUGUGUAAAUAUUUUCUCUAAUUAAAUAAUAGACAAAUAGAAUAAUAUUACAUGCAACACUGUUAUUUUAUCUGUCGAAUUUACAAUCUUAUAGUUUCUGAUUUAGCAUAUAAUUUCUCGUAUAGAAUAAUUAAAACAAAAAAAGUAUAUGAAAAAAAAUAUGUAUGAAUUAUUGAAAUCACUUGAUAACGCUGGUGAAAAGUGUUUGUCAUAAAAAAAUGUUGCUGCCUGAUCAUCAACGACAAGCACAUAAAUCUUGCUGUAAUAAUUGAUCUUUUCUACUAUAUUUGUAAGUAAUAAAUGACACGAUUGCCUUGUAAAUAAUUGAAUAAUUGAAAUGACGUAGAAAUAAUUAAAUUCUUAUUACGAGGAAUGUAAAAUGGGGUUCUUUAUUACAUAUAUGAUUCUUUAUUAUAUUUAUGAUGCAAUUAUCAUGUCAAUAAUUAAUAAAACAAAAUUGCUUCUUUCAUAAAAACUUUUUUUAGGUGAGAAAGGGAUUACACAUAAAUACAUAUACAUGUAGCGUGUACGUUGCUAUACCCCAUAUUUGCGUCUGCUAUGGGUGAUGUUUAUACUGUUUUGAAUGUAUUUGGAGUAUGUGACAUCAUUGGAGGGCUGAAUUCUGGUUGUCAAAUUAUCUUACAUAUACGUGUUCAUUUACUAAAUCAUUUAAAAUUAUUAACAAAUUUUUCCCAUUUCAUAACAAAAUUAAAUUCAUAUACAAGUUUAAAAUUUAAAAAAAAAUAUAUUCUUUUGGUCUUUUUUAAAUAUAUUACAUUUUUAUUUAUUUGAAAAUUCAAUAUUAAGAAUAUUAGAAUUAUAUUUUCUGAAGAUGAUAAAAAUGAUUACAGCAAUUUUGUAUUGUUAAAAAAUAUUUUUAGUUAGAUAAUAUUUAUUUAAACAAUCAAGCACAAAAAUUUAAUUCCAAAUACCUAACAAAAAAAAUUAUAACGUAUUAUUAAUAAUUUUUGCUUAGUAACAUAUAACUUAAAAGAAAAACAUAUAUUGCGUUUUGUGAAAUCACAAAAAAUAUAGUGGAAAUAAUGACAUAAAGAAGUAUUUUUACAUUCCUUUUUAUUGUAAGAUUUAGUUAAAUAUGUAGAAAAAUAUAAAAUUCAAUUCAAAGAAGUUAAAAAUUUCAAUUCUUAAUCUCUUAAUUUAAUGAAUUUGUGUGAAUUGAACGAAUUUGAAACAAAAAUUCAUCUUUUUAUACAUGUUAUUUCUUUCUAUGUGAAGUAAAUACUUGAUGAAUAUGCGUCUAAAUAAUGCGAAGCAGAACACGAUAUAAUUGCGUAAAAUAAUAUUAAAAAGCAAUAGUAAAUCUUACUUAACAAGUAUUCACCUUUUUCAAGAUUUUAUGUAAAUGAAAUUAUGCAAUUGUACUUAAUUGUAUUUAAUUUAUCUUAUGCUAAUGGAAUUGUAUAAGUAUGUCAAGUUUUAAGCGCAAUUAAUUUUAAUAUUGUAAAAUGUCUAGUACUUUGAAUGAAGUUAACAAAUGUUCUUUUACUAUUUUUUUUUUCUAAAUUUCUUUUAAAGUAUAAUUAUCAUAACAUAUUAGUAAAAAAUGUAUAACUGUAUGCAUUUUAGCUCCGUCCCUUAUAUGUUGUGCGCUAUGAAUGCGAUGUAUAAUUCUAGAACAGGUGGGUGUGUUUCUGAGUGGCCUUGUCCUAAAGUCUGUGACACAGUGUCAGCCCUUCAAUGGGUGUACCCUGCCUACUUGUUCUCAAUAUUAGUUUUAUAAAUAUAAAUAUAUAUAUAUAUAAAUCAACAGUGAGGAUAUUGAAUAAUGAUAAAGAUGCUGUAUAUAUACUUUCUAGAAACUCAAGGUGUGAAAAUAAAAUGUAUUUUUAUUCCACUA